AUAAGCUCUCGUGCUUCUGCACCACCCUCUAUCUAUUAUUCUUCUUGCCCAUUCUGCUCUCUUUAAUUCCAAAUAACUCUCAUCUCUCUCUCUCUCUCUUUCUCUAAACGAACUCAUCUCUAGUCUUCAAGCCAUUGUCACACAAAGCAAUCAAACUCUCUGAAGGUUUCCAAAGGCUUCAUUAGCACCCAAGUCAGGAGAGAUCCAUCGGUACUUAGCAAAUUCUUCAAAGAGUACGUCUCUUAUCGACUCUGCAACAUGGAGAUAGAGAACGAAGAAGGCAACUCAGCAGAAUUGAGUGACUCUGGAGGAGACUUCGACUGCAACAUAUGUUUGGAUCAAGUACGUGACCCGGUCGUGACUUUAUGUGGCCACUUGUUUUGUUGGCCCUGCAUAUACAAAUGGACUUAUUCCACCAACAAUACAAGAAGACGCGUUGAUCAGUACGAUAAGAAGGAAUCCCCAAAAUGCCCGGUCUGCAAAUCGGAUAUCUCAGAAGCUACGCUUGUCCCUAUCUACGGCCGCGGACAUAAAGUAACCCAGUCCGGUUUAAACGUACCGAACAGACCAUCCGGUCCUGUUUAUUACUCAAGAGAAGUUGGUCAACGUUUAGAAGAAAGUGAGAGUCAACGGUACAUGUAUAGAAUGCCUGAUCCAGUUAUGGGUGUGGUAUGCGAAAUGGUAUACCGGAGACUAUUUGGAGAGUCUUCCAGCAACGUGACACCGUACCGUAACGACCGUGACACAAGUCUACGUUCAAGGCGACGGGAAAUGCAAGCGGAUGAGUCGCUAAGCAGAGUCUACUUGUUCCUGCUCUGCUUUAUGGUUAUGUGUCUACUUCUCUUUUAAGUUCUAACUAUAAUGUUAUCUCAAAUAUAAAUAAGUAUGCAUAUAUAUAUAUAGAUAUUCAUAUAAAUGGAUCUAACGAAGAUUGUAUAUAUGUGUAUGUGUGUAAGAGUGUUGAGUCUUCAAACCGCAUGGUGAGAAACAUAAUAAAGUCAAAAUCAAGAAACGGCACCAAUUGGCUAUUGUAUAUUUUUGAUCUAAUUAACAUAUGUGAUAAUGGUUGAUAUAAAGGAGGCUUAUCUUCAACUCAAUCGAUCUUAUGCACCAACAAAAAGAUGAUAGUGGCACUCGAAUGCGACGCAAACGGUGUUGCUUGUCGGAUAACGAUCUUUUAUCAUUAGAUGACACGUGGGGCCUACCGCCUACAUUUGAUUGAUAACUGUGAACAAGACAGUGUUGGAUAGAAAAAGUUGAAACAUUAAGUUAAUACAUUAAUGUUUUUGGUACGGGUCUUUUCCAAUACAUUGAAGAUGUUUGUAAAUAAAAUUGUAAAGUGAUUGAACUGGAGUGAGCUGUUUCAUUGAAACCAUAGGGCAGUCUAAGAUGAGAGUUAUGGCCAUGGGUCCGUGUGAGACAAGCCCCUCAUUUAUGGGAUCCCU